AUGGCAGCAGCGACGACUUCGAAGCUCAGCUCGAUGGAGGUAGAGCACGGGCAGGUUCAUGAGCAUCCAUCCCAGGUGCCAAUCCCUCCAGCCUCUGCAUCGAACGCACCCACGAGCAUUGAUUCCUCUUCUCGAGACAAGAGCAAGAGUGAAGUGCCGCCCACCAUCCCUCCGUCUCCACCGCCCGCCGAGUCCUUCCCCCGUCCCUCCUCCCCCCCUCGGCGUCCCCGGGCCGCCCCUCUUCAACUGACUGAGCGGGCCGUGUCCCGCAUUAAAGAGCUGCUUGCCUCGAAAGGUCCGUCCGUCAUAGGUGUCCGACUUGGGACGAAGCGCCGUGGGUGCAAUGGGUUGUCGUACACGAUGAAUUACGCGGAGACGCGACCGAAGUUUGAUGAGGAAGUGCAGGUGGGCGGAGUCACGGUUUUUGUCGAGCCCUCCGCCUUGAUGCACGUGGUGGGCACCGAGAUGGACUACGAGGAGACGGAGCUCUCCAGGGAGUUCACCUUCAACAACCCCAAUGCCAAGGGCCAGUGUGGCUGCGGGGAGAGUUUCAAUGUGUAG